AUGUACCAGGAUCGUUGCAUUUUCUUUUCCAAGAUGGGCGCCUGCCGCCACGGGGAUCACUGCACGAAGGUCCAUGUGCGCCCAACGGCGUCUCCGACCGUUCUCUUUCCGAUGAUGUACCCGAACCCGAUGGCAAUUGAGCACAUCCAGGAUCGCCAAUGGGACUUCCAGUUCGAUCGCAAAUAUUUAAAGCGGCAUUUUAAGCGCUUUUACAAGGAAACGUGGCGCAUCUUCAUGGAACUAGGCCGGAUCGCGGAGUUGCGUGUCGUGAGCAACCUUGGGGACCACCUCCUCGGGAACGUGUACAUCCGCUUUGAAGACCCCGCCGACGCCUCCCACAUCGCGCGGGAACUAAAGGCGAAGAAGUUAAACGAGAUUAUUCUUCUGCCUGAGCUGAGCCCUGUCAUCAACUUCGCCGACGCCUGCUGCAAGGAGGACCUGGAGGGGAAGUGUGGACGCGGAACACAGUGCAACUACCUGCACAUUAUUAAAGUUUCCCGCAAGCUGAUGUCAAGGCUGGAGCGAGAGCAGGACAGUUACUGGAAAAAAAGGAUGACCGUAGCAGCGGAAAUGACCGUAAGCGGGACCGCUCUAAGGAGCGCGGCAGGGAUCGCUCCAGGUCGCCGCGGCCGUACGCAAGCGACCUCUGCCACAUAUGCGGCAAGACAGGACACAUUUCUCGGGAGUGUCCCCUGA